CCCCCUUGUCUCUAGGACUAGGAGCCUACCAGUGCAACGACAAAGUUCACGGAUCCAUCAUCGUUCAUCUGAGUCGGGAGAAGGUUUUCUAGGGUUUGAGUUUGUCGGUUUCGAAUUCGAUGGCUGCCGAGGCCUUGGACUGCGGUGUUCGUCUGGUUUCUGAACCAUCGGAAACCCUAACGACUACUGCAGUAGAAGUAGACUCCCUUCCACCACCAGCAGGAGCAGAAGAAACUAAGGUUACUACUGGCCUUCGCGGAACCGCUACCCCGAACGAAAGCGAUCCAGGCGGUUCGAGGAACAAGAAGAUGGAGAAUCCGAGGGCUGAAAUCGACACUUCGGCCCCCUUCGAGUCGGUCAAGGAGGCCGCCACUCGGUUCGGCGGCUUCGGUUUCUGGCGACCCCGUUCCCACCACAAGCCCUCCGAAUCUCAGUAUUACAUUGAAGCGGUUGACAUUGCCAAAGUGGAGGAACGGACUUCAGAAUUGGAGAAAGAUCUUAUUGCAAAAGAAAGAGAAACACUCGAUGUCUUGAAAGAACUGGAAACAACUAAAACAAUUGUAGAAGAACUAAAGCUAAAGUUACAGAAAGAAGCCUCAGAAGUGAAUGUAGCCUCCAAUCCAAAUUUAGAUGCUAAGAAUGUAAAUCCCGGUGUUGAAGUAACAGAAAAAAGGAAUCAUCAGAAUCCCGAUGGUGGUAUCCAGGAUCCUUCUAAUGCUUUCAGCCUCUGCCCCUCUUCAGCUCCGGGAUUCAUCUUAAUGGAAUUGAAACAAGCCAAGUUGAACCUUACUAAAACCACAAACGAUCUGGCUGACAUUCGUGCCACUGUUGAAUCCUUUAACAAGAAGAUAGAGAAGGAAAGACUUUCACUUGAAAGGACUCGGGAGAGGUUAUCCUUAAAUUCCUCAAAAAUUUCAUCACUCGAGGAAGAGCUGAAAACAGCAAAAAUGAAGCUACAAGUGGCUCAAGAUGCUGAAGCUAUAGCUGAUUCAGAUAAUCCCAUCAGUAUAUCAAGCGAACUUCAACGAUUGAGUUCUGAGACAGAACAAUACAAGAAAAUGGGAGAAGCAGCAAAGUCAGAAGUUUUAAGAGCAAUGACUGAGAUUGAACAGACAAAAACUAGGAUUAAAACUGCUGAAAUUAGAUUGGUUGCAGCCAAGAAAAUGAAGGCAGCUGCUAGAGCCACUGAAGCUGUUGCUCUUGCUGAGAUCAAGGCCCUAUCAAGCAGUGAAGUCCUUGCUGAAGCUAACCAACUGAAGCCUGAGCAAUCAAGUAAUGAAGUCUUCUCUGAAGCUAACCAACCAAAGCCUGAACAGGUUACUCUUUCAUUUGAUGAAUAUUCAUCUCUAACCUCAGAAGCUCGAGAUGCAGAGGAAGCUUCUAACAGGAAAGUAAUUGAUGCCAUGCUUCUGGUUGAUGAAGCAAAUUUAUCAAAAUUGGAGAUUUUGAAGAGGGUAGAAGAAGCUACAAAGGAAGUCAAAAACAGCAAGGUGGUCUUGGAAGAGGCUCUGAACAGAGUGGGGGCUGCAAAUAGAGCAAAAUUGGGAGUUGAAGAGGCUCUAAGGAAAUGGAGGUCUGAACAUGGUCAAAAAAGACGUUCGGUGCAGAAAUCUACCAAGUUCAAGAAUUCUUACCCUUCUCAGCUCCGGAAAGACUCUCAUCUGCUUGAUGUAAAUGGAUCGAGUCUUGUUGAUGAUGACACAAAGCCAGUGUUGAGGCCAACCCUGUCCAUUGGGCAAAUACUAAGCAGGAAGCUGCUUCUGACUGAAGAAUUUGAGAAUGGAUUGCAGGUAGAAAAAGGUUCAUUUAAACGAAAGAUUUCACUAGGUCAAAUGCUUAACAGACCCAAUGGUGAUGCAUCCUCUAUGUGGAAGGCUGAGAGGGAAAGCAGCCUCAAGCAGCUGCCUGUCAAGAGAAAGAAGUUUGGGUUUGCUAGGCUCUCGGUCCUUGUGAGGAAACAAAGUAAGAAAAAGAAGAAGCCAAGUCCUAAUCCGCUAUGCCGGGGCGGGUAUUAGUCCAUUGCUUCAGAUCUAGAACUGACUCCAUAGUUUUAUCUUUUUUCUUUUUGGUUGUUUGAUUUAUUCGUCCCCUGUGAUUGUUUACUUGAUGGCGUUUUUGAGUGUCCUCUUUGACUUAGGUGGCUAGUCAUGCCUUUCCCUAUGUUUAUUAUGGAUGUAUGGCAGUUAUUUUCCACUUGCCUGAUUGCCAAAUGAUGGAGUAUGGAAUUCUAGUAUCAAAAGGUUGGUGCACUCUCUGGAAUGGACUGUUCCAUUUGGUGUAUGUGUUCUGAAUAGUUGGUGUUUGUGUCUUCUGCUAGAUGAGCAGUUGGUGUAUGUGAGGAGAUAUAUAUUCUUUGGCUUAUUUGCC